CACAGUCCAAAUUUUUGAGUCAAUAAAAGGAGAUUUUUCUGAGUGAUCUUUAUUUGUGACCCUAAAGCCAUUGGUUUUUUUUUUUUUUUAGGGUAUAUCUGUUUUCUUGCUCGUUAGUGUUUUACCUAUUAUAAGAUAGAAAUUAAAGUAUAUUUCGCGCUCAUUCAGCACCACCAUAUGGAUGUUGCAAAUGUUACCCCGAGCAACAAUGUUGUUGACAUUCUCUCAGCUCCUCGAUUGAGUCGAUAUGAGAGUCAGAAACGUCGUGAUUGGAACACGUUUUGUCAAUACAUAAGAAAUCAUCAUCCUUUAAUGUCACUUCUUCAAUGCAGCAGCAUUCAUGUUCUGGAGUUUCUAAGGUACUUGGAUCAGUUCGGAAAGACUAAAGUCCAUAACCUAAAUUGUCCAUUUUUCGGGAUGCUAAAUCCUCCGGCACCCUGUGCUUGCCCUUUAAGGCAAGCAUGGGGAAGCCUGGACGCCCUUAUAGGGCGUCUUCGUGCUGCUUAUGAAGAACAUGGAGGAAAUUCGGAAAUGAACCCGUUUGGAGCUAAAGCAGUUAAGCUAUUUUUACGCGAUGUUCGUAAUUUUCAGUCCAAGUCUAGAGGAAUUAGCUAUGACAAAAAAAGGAAAAAAUCAAGAAGAAAUCAGAAAAAUAUAAUGGCAAUGAAAGAAGUUGAUCAUCAGAUUCAUGAUGAUAAGAAUGUAGGUGCAAAUAUUGUUAUUGAGUAAUUUUCUUGAGUUUAAUUAAGCAUUGGUACAAUGUAAAAUAAGAACAUCAUUAUGCAUAUAUUAUUAACUUCUUUCCAUUUUAUUUGACUGUCGAAACAGUAAUUAAACAAACAAAUUAAAAUGAAGGGAGCAACUAUAUAUCGUGCUCUCACACUUGUUUGUUGUUGUUGUUGUUGUUGUUUCUUGAGUGAUAAUUGAGGUGGAUAUAUAUUAUGAUGAUGUUAUCAUGUUA